AUGGCUGCCGAUAUCUCCAACGGGUCAAUCCCGCAACUUGAGUCGCGGACAUUACUUCUUCACUCAUCUCAACAGGCUGGAAGCUGGCUGGGCUCUCUUGCAGGAUGGUCUACCUGGCAAUAUGUCGUGACCUUUCUACUUGCCGUGGUAGUCUACGACCAAGUGAUGUAUAUCAAGCGAAAGGGCUCUAUUGCCGGUCCUCCCCUCAAGAUACCACUCAUGGGUCCGUUCAUCCAGGCACUCCAUCCCAAAUUCGACGCGUAUCUUGAACAGUGGGCCAGUGGGCCGCUGAGCUGUGUAUCAGUCUUCCACAAAUUCGUUGUCCUGGCCUCUGACCGAGACAUCGCCCACAAGGUCUUCAAAUCGCCCUCCUACGCCGAGCCAUGCAUUGUACCGAUCGCGAAAGAUAUCCUCGGACACAAAUCAUGGGUAUUUCUCCAAGGAAAAGCACACGCCGAGUAUAGACGAGGAUUAACCCCUCUGUUUACAAACCGGGCCAUUUCUACCUACCUCCCAGUACAAGAGAAAGUAUUGUCCGACUACUUCGAUAAGUUCGUUGCCGCCAGCGAGGCCAACAAGGGACGGCCACUUCCUUUCAUGGCCAUGUUCCGCGAGAUCAAUUGUGCUCUUUCCUUGCGGACGUUCUUCGGUGACUACAUCUCCCAAGCGGCAGUCAAAAAGAUCGCAGACGAUUUCUACCUUGCGACUGCUGCCCUGGAGCUAGUCAAUGUUCCCCUAUCUCUAUACAUCCCAUUCACCAAGCCCUGGCUGGGAAAGCGAACAGCCGAUGCCGUCCACGUCGAAUUCGCAAAAUGUGCAGCAGCAUGCAAAGAAAACAUGGCAACCGGCGCGACACCCACAUGCAUCGUAGACCACUGGGUACUUCACAUGCUAAACUCGAAAGAGUAUCAAGAAAAAGUCGCAGCAGGCGAAACAAACGCAGAAAAGCCAACGAACAUGAUCCGUGAAUUCACCAACGAAGAAAUCAGUGAAACACUAUUCACCUUCCUCUUCGCAUCCCAAGACGCCUCAAGCAGCGCAACAACAUGGCUCUUCCAAAUCCUCGCCCAACGCCCGGACGUCCUAAACCGACUCCGCGAAGAGAACCUCGCAGCACGAGGCGGCGACAAAACCAAACCCUUCGAUCUACCAAUGUUAGAGUCCCUCGUCUACACAAACGCAGUAAUCAAAGAACUUCUCCGCCACAGACCCCCUGUCAUCUUCGUCCCCUACCUAGCAACGAAGAACUUCCCCGUGACACCCUCCUACACCGUCCCGAAGGGCUCGAUGAUCAUCCCGUCUUGUUAUCCUGCUCUGCACGACCCGAACGUCUACCCCAAUCCCGACACAUUCGACCCGGAGCGUUGGAUAUCCGGGGAUGCCGAGUCCAAGACUAAGAACUGGCUGGUGUUUGGGGCGGGGCCUCAUGAUUGUCUGGCGAGGAAGUAUGUGCCGCUCUCUAUGGCUGGUAUGAUUGGGAAAGCGGCGCUAGAGCUCGAUUGGGAGCAUCAUGCUACCGACAGGUCGGAGGAAAUUCGGGUUUUUGCUACUUUGUUUCCAAUGGAUGAAUGUCCGUUGGUUUUUAAGAGGCGCUAG